CCUCCUCUAUAUGAGACGUUUCGCUCUUUCUCUCUCUAAAAUUGUUCUCUCUCUCUCUCUCUCUCUCUCUCUCUCCGUAGCGGAAAGAUGAGACGGAGACUAACGACGUUACUCUUCGCGGUUACCGUCUCCGUCCUCGCCCUCUCCUCCUUCUUCGUCCACCUCUCCGGCGACCCCCUCAGCGUCCGGCGCCUCCGCCCCUUCUACUCGCCGCGCCUGAUCGGAUCCUCCGACGCCCCGAUCCCCCGAUCGGAGGGCUCGGAUCGCUCCGCGGAGAUGAUCCGAUGGUCCCCGCUCGUCUACGACGCGAUCUCCACCCCCGACGACAUCGUCGUCUUCGCCAAGGGCGUCAACACGCGCCAGGGCGCGAACGCCGCCGAGGUCCGCUGCGUCUACUACUCCGUCCACGGCGGCGCCGCCCCCUCCUCCUCCGCCCAAGAGGUAUUCCGCUGCCCCCACCCUCCCCCCGAAGCCCUCUCUAGAACCUUCUCGUCCCCGCUCCGAAUCUCCCUCGCGAUCGCCCCCGAUUUUUCCCCCGCGAUUCCUUCCGUAGCCAAUUACCACCCUCCACGUGUCCCCCCGCGCGGUGAGCUGGGUAACACUCCCCGUUCGCUAAUAUGCGCCUGCACCAUGGUCUACAACGCCGCCAAGUUCCUGCGCGAGUGGGUGGCGUACCACGCGGCGGUCGGCGUGGACCGGUUCUACGUCUACGACAACGCCAGCGACGACGAUCUGGUCCCGGCCGUGGACCGGCUCGUGUCCGAAGGGUUCAACGUGUCGGCCCGCUAUUGGCCCUGGCCCAAGGCCCAGGAGGCCGGGUUCUCCCACUGCGCCGCCGUGAGCCGGGCCGAGUGCGAGUGGAUGGCCUUUAUCGAUGUCGACGAAUUCGUGUUCUCCCCGAAUUGGGCCGGGUCGGCCCGCCCGGCCCGGUCCAUGCUCGGUUCAGUCGUCUCGGUCCCACCGUCCGUCGGUCAGGUCUCGAUCGACUGCCACGUGUUCGGGCCGUCGGGUCAGACGGCCCACCCAAAGGGCGGCGUCACGCAAGGCUACACGUGUCGCCAGCUCGCGGAGGAGCGGCACAAGUCGUUCAUCCGGCUCGACGCCGUGGACCGGUCCCUGGUCAACUCGGUCCACCAUUUCGGACUAAAGGAAGGGUUUCGAACCGUGAAGGCUCGAUCGGUUCGGGUGAACCACUACAAGUACCAGGUGUGGGACGAGUUCAAGCUGAAGUUCCGGCGGCGGGCGUCGACCUACGUCGCAGAUUGGACCAACACGGUGAACGCCGGCUCGAGGGACCGGACGCCCGGCCUAGGGUUCGAGGCGGUCGAGCCGGCCGGGUGGAGUCAAAAGUUCUGCGAAGUGAAUGAUACUCGACUCAAAGAUACGAACCAAAAGUGGUUCGGUGCAGUAGGACCCAGUGGGGAAUAUAGGAUGGCUUGGGAGUAGGAAUAGGCACAGGUCUCAAGAAAGAAAAAGAUACAUACACACAUCAGAUUCUGAUUCUUUCCAUUGUUGAUAAGAAAAAUAUAUGAUUUUUUUGAUUUAAAAGAAAACAAAUAAAAAAAGUAUUCAUUUUGUUGCGGUAAUUUUGAAUCUUAAAACUUUUGGGUUUUAAACUAGGACUUUAUUUUUCUACUUUGAUGAUCUACUACAUUGCAUGAGUUAGAGGUCAAAAAUAAAAAAGAAAAGCAAUGAAUGGGCAACUCAUUAUUUGCUGUUUUUCACAAUGAAAUGAAACUCGCUUUCUUGUGAUUCAAGUUAAGGACCACUUGAUUCACAAAUAAUGGUCCAAAAAUGAUGAAAAAAAAAUAUAGUUUAACUAUUUUAAGUAUGUUUAUUCAAAAUCAUUUUGCAUGCAUGUUCUUCUUAUUUAGAUACUUAGAAUAGUGCACAUUUCUCAAAAAAAAAUUGAUAACUUGUAACUUAAAAAACUUGAUUAAGUAUAGUUAAAAUUGUAGAAUAAAUUCGAUCGGUGCCUUAACCCCAUUUUUCUCUUUUUUAUUUCAUUUUUCUAAUUACAUACUCUUCAUUCUUUGGCCCAAAUUUAGAACUAGUUAUAGGUUAAUAACCUCUAGUUUACAUGUAAUAUAGUGUCUAAGCUUGUGUUGUUUAGCCAAGCAAAUAAAUAAAUAAAUAAAAUAGAGGUUAUUAGUGAGAAGUAAUCAUUGAGAAUCUCAAGCUAUGCAGUUGGUGAAAUUAAGUUCAUCAUUCUUGCUCACAAUAAUAAUAAUAAUAAUAAUAAAGAUAGCUGAAUGGAUAUUACAAUUACCAAAAUUAUUUUCUCUUUGCUAUUACAAGUGAAGUUGAGCUUCAUAUAUGAUGAAUAUGUUUCAAUAUAUAGCUUCAUCUGAUGAAUUAGUAUCAACAUAUACUUUAAUCCCUACAAAUUUGUUCCCCUCACACCAAACAUCCCUAGAGCAAGUGGCAAAGAGCUUGGUGAUUGGUACUCGA